GUGAGGGAAGAUCUCCAUCAGGAACAAGGGCAAGGGGAGAAAGAUCUGCAUUGGGAUUCUGCUGUCUGAGGCAGUCACCUCACCUUGCCUAAUGAGUGGGCUGGCCUUGCCAGUGAAUUCAGGGUGUGGUUAGACUUGAACAGUGAGUCGUCAUCGUCAACCUCAGUAAUAUUCUUACCAGGGCAACCCCAAUUAUUGGUAAAAGCCCCUGCUAAAGAUGGCAGAAUCGUAGUAAUUCUUGUGGGGGAUACAGUCUCUCUCUUCACCCUGAGGACAAUAGAAUGGGGACAGUAGUGCCAGCCCAUUUCUUUCUUCAACUCAUUCAGUACAAGUGACUGAAUAGACUUCAUUUUCACAAACUGGUACGUUCCCUUCCUUUUGCUUCACAGUGGCCAGAGCUCCCGACAACGACUGGGGUGACUCGGUUUCAAAUCUGUACCGUCUCUUGGCCAAACCUACCUUACAAGGUUGUUCUGAGGACAAAACGGGGUGGAAGGGGCAAAAACCACGAUUGCUGCCCUGUGCCCCUCAAAGCACAGGCAAGGAGAGACUGUAACAAAUCAAUAAUACUAGGCAUGGGUAGGCAAACUAAAUCUGGCCCACGGACGGUCCGGGAAUCAGCAUGUUUUUACAUGAGCAGAAUGUGUCCUUUUAUUUAAAAUGCAUCUCUGGGUUAUUUGUGGGCAUAGGAAUUCGUUCUUUUUUUUCUUUUCAAAAUAUAGUCUGGCCCCCCACAACGUCUGAGUGACAGUGGAUCGGCCCCCUGCUGGAAAAGUUUGCUGACCCCUGAUACUAGGGAACAUAAAAAGGGUCUGCAAAUUGGGAACAGGCUUAAGAAGAAAACCCAGUUCUCCCCUAAGACACAGCAAGAUGCAAAACUUGUUCUGCCUCGGGCAACAAAAUGGCUUGGGAGGAUUAUAUUCUGUAGCAGGAGAAUAUAUAUAUGGAGGUGCAGCUGCUUCUUCUGGAGGGGGGGCAGCUGUUUAUUAUGCCAGGCGCUGAUCAGUGUUAGUGGCCCCUUGGGUGGAGCAGCUUCUGGCCUGGUGGCAUUUCGUGUAGAGAUAAAACGGCUCUCUCAAAUUGAAUUUAGCCCACCCACUCCCUGGACCCCAGCCCAGGCAGGCGCAGGGGAGUGGCUAUUUUGUGUGAUAGCCUCGGCUAUUUUGUUUCCCUCCCCAGCUAUCGGGCUGAGCUACAGUCAGGAUGUUAUGACGACAGACAGACAAGCUGGAGCAUCAGCCAGCCCAGAAUGGACCGAGUGUGAAAGGCAGGCGGAGAGGGCAGCCUGUGCCAAACGGCAAGUGUGUUUGGCGUGGCCAAGUGCUGUGGAGGAGUGAGAAGGGAACCCGGGGUCCAUUCCUGUCCUCUGAGCUGCUUGCAGGUAAAUCAAGGCUUUGCUGGCACCCAGAUUCUCUCAACACCUAUCGCCCUCCUAAUACCCGGUUCUGUUGUACUUAAUUGUGACAUUUUCCUGUAUGAUUGUGAUCCUGGCAGCUCUUUCCAGAAGGCUUCCCUGCAUGCCUUUUGACAGGAGUCUGGAAGUUUAUCUCUUGUGGUGGGGUAUUCCUUCUGCAUGCCAUUUAGCAUGUCACUAAUCUUUGCAUGAAAGCGAUGUAUUCUUUUAUUAUUUAGUCAGCGUUUUGCAAGGUACUUGUGGUCUCUGCACAAUCUGCCUUCUUGAAUGGCACUCCAGAAUCUUCCUGCUCAAACAGCUUGCUUUAAAAGAGUCAUUUAUCUCACCUCGGGAGCAAAGCCAUCUCUGCUUGUACCAUUACUUGCUGCACCGGAGGAUUAGGGCUCCCCGGUUCAAUCACUGACAUCUCCAGUUGGAGCUGGGAGAGCCUGAAACAAUGGAGAGCUGCUGCCAGUCCGAGUUGACAGUAUUGGGCUGCAUGGACUUGGUAUUCGGCAGCUUCAUAUGCUCCUGGGAAGUGGUUGUAAUUACCAUGGGCUCAUCUAGACGUGUUCUGUGGCGGCGGAGACCAAACCCAAAAUACUUGGUUGUGCUGAAGGGGCAGGCAAAACAGCCAUUAAACCAAAUUAUGUUGCUGCAAAGAACCCUGGCAAAAUGUAUCUCUGUAGGGGGGCAGGGAAUACCAGAAGCAUGAUGUAUAACCGUGGUUGAGAAGAGGCCUGCAUCUGAAGUUUUUCGGGGGUCUUGGAUGUACUGUGAACCCUACUUUAAAAAAUAAUCAAUAAUCAAUAUUGUACUUGCCCUUUUGAAGUUAGAGGUCUAUCUUCUCUAAAUAGCCCGACACCAUCAUUUUGUUUGUUAAUAUUUUCGUUGUUUGCCGUUUCUUCCUUCCCGGUGAAUAAAAACAAUAAGAAGAAAUAUCGGCAAUGGAUCAUAGCAAUCUGUAGUGCAGCAUAAUACAGCUAAAUUAAAUGCAAUCUGAACAGCAUGAAAAGUGGGAAGGGGGCUUGGUGGAGAGACCUCAAUACUAACUUAGAGCAGGGCCUUAUGAGAAUCUGUGUAUGGGAACAAAUGGAAAUUACGAUGGGCUAGGCAUUAUAAAGAGUUAAGAUAUGCACACCAUCAUGCAUUUAAAGCCCACACCAAAAAUCUGGGAACUGUAGUUGGGUAUGGGUGUUGUGAAUUGUAAUUGUGUGAGGGGGAACUAUAGUUUCCAGGAGUCUUUUGGGAGAAGUCACGUGCUUUAAGUGUUUGGUGUGCAUUGUUGUGCUGCCCAGUCUCCGGACGGUGAGCCCAUAAGAAGGGGUAUAGAUUGGCUCUAUAAUAUAAAAAGUGCCAUUUUGCAUGGCUGAAUGUGGCACAAAUGUUCAGCAACCAUCCACUUCACUGUGACUGGAUUUUGACUCCAUAUCCUUAACCAGAAAGGCAGCAGCUCCCUUGCUGCUAUACGAUGAGCCAUUUCUGUCUGUGGAUGGAAAUACAGAAACCUGGAGCGCAAGUCAGAUCUGGACACUUUUCAUUGAUUUCGAUGGGAGAGUUGAACACCUGCUGCUCGGGCAGCGUACUGGUUAGCAUAGCCAAUUUUUCCCCUCUCUCACCCCCCAGCUUAUGUGCUAUGAAAGCUGACACGACAACCCUGUAGAAUGUAGCAGGUAACUCUUCACUCCCAUCUCUGUAUCUCCAUGUUGGGAAAAAGAUUCUCCUAUUGAAUUCCUGCUGGUCAUUCAUCGGUUAAAGGCGCAGAACCCUAGCAGGAAGAAAUAGCGUUUCAGACCGUCCAAGUGUCCCUAUUUUUCAGGGACAGUCUCAGAUUUACAGAAGCUGUCCCAGUUUCUGUUUUGAUCCCAGAAUGUCCCGCUUUUCCUUAAAAGGUAAAGGGACCCCUGACCAUUAGGUCCAGUUGUGGCCGACUCUGGGAUUGCGGCGCUCAUCUUGCUUUAUUGGCCAAGGGAGCCGGCGUACAGCUUCCGGGUCAUUUGGCCAGCAUGACUAAGCCGCUUCUGGGGAACCAGAGCAGCGCAUCGAAAUGCCGUUUACCUUCCCGCUGGAGUGGUACCUAUUUAUCUACUUGCACUUUGACGUGCUUUCAAACUGCUAGGUUGGCAGGAGCUGGGACCGAGCAACGGGAGCUCACCCCGUCGUGGGGAUUCGAACCGCUGACCUGAUUGGCAAGUCCUAGGCUCUGAGGUUUAACCCACAGCGCCACCCGCGUCCCUUUAGGACAUCUCUAUUUUCACUGAAGAAAUGUUGAAGGGGAUGGAGUUCUGCGACCCCUGAUCCAAGGAGUUAAGUAACUAUACAACCUUUAGAAGACAUCUGAAAGCAGCCCUGUACAGGGAAGUUUUUUUUAAAAAAUAUUUAAUGUUUUACAGUGGUACCUCGGGUUACAGACGCUUCAGGUUACAGACACUUCAGGUUACAGACUCCGCUAACCGAGAAAUAUUACCUCAGGUUAAGAACUUUGCUUCAGGAUGAGAACAGAAAUCAUGCGGUGGCAGCAGCAGGAGGCCCCAUUAGCUAAAGUGGUACCUCAGGUUAAGAACAGUUUCAGGUUAAGAACAGACCUCCGGAACGAAUUAAGUUCAUAACUCGAGGUACCACUGUAUUAUGUUUUUUACAUCUGUUGGAAGCUGCCCAGAGUUGCUAGGGCAACCCAGUCAGAUGUGUGGGGUGUAAAUAUUAGUAGCAGUAGUAGUAGUAGUAGUAGUAACGACAUCUCUAUUUUCAUUAGAGAAAUGUUGGAGGGUAUGUGAUGCGCCUGGGCUCCAGCCCACUGACGCUAUGAUGCCCUCCCUGCCUGAAAACCCUGGAGUCCGGGGCCCCCUCCCGCCUUCUACGGUUUUGUUCCUGCUGUUUUGCCUUCCUCUGUUAUUCUAGCCCCAGUGGGGUGGGAGGUUAAUGGGCCUGUUGUUUCCUGUUUCCCCCUCCCAGGGCUUUGAACUGACUGGAUUGGUUGGGGAGGAUUGGCGAGAGCUCAGGAAGCGGCAUCCCAGCAGCAGCCUCCCCUCUGAGCCCCUCCUGUCUUUCAUCUCUGCCCCAGUUCGGCUCCCCGCCGCACACGUACAGCCUGAUCCUAUAACCCAGUUAAAUGGAAAUACAUGCCAAACUCACUUGAAGUUGACUUUGACCGGGCUCAUCAGUAGGCUUCUGCUCAAAAAUGCUUGGCCUCAACUGCCACUGGCUGUUAGGGCUAAUAUCAUAUCCCUUUUCCGGUUUCAUAUCAGCGGUGGAUAUUUGGCCAGGCCGAUCCAUCAUCCUAGAAAAAGGAAAGCCAAACUCUUCCCCACCCCCGGCGCACCUCCAGUCUUUCAGGGGCAGCUGACUGACCCCUUCAAAGGCACCGACUGUUUUUGUGAGGGUCUAAUUUUUAUGACGUUGUCUGUCCUCCAGUACAACAGCCAAGUUGAAAUGUGAUGCAGUGAGCUGCUCUUCUGGACUCUCCCUUUUCUCUCAAGAUAAGGCCACAUCCACACCAUACAUUUAAAAGCACCAUUAUACCACACACAUGGGACUACAGUCAUACCUCAGGUUACAGAUGCUUCAGGUUGCGUUUUUUCGGGUUACGGACAUGCUGAAAUCCGGAAAUACAGUGGUACCUCAGGUUAAGUACUUAAUUCGUUCCAGAGGUCCAUACUUAACCUGAAACUGUUCUUAACUUGAAGCACCACUUUAGCUAAUGGUGGCCUCCUGCUGCCGCCGCGCCGCCGGAGUACGAUUUCUGUUCUCAUCCUGAAGCAAAGUUCUUAACCUGAAGCACUAUUUCUGGGUUCGCGGAGUCUGUAACCUGAAGCGUAUGUAACCCGAGGUACCACUGUACUGGAACGGGUUACUUCCGGGUUUCGGCGGUCGAGCAUGCGCAGAAGCGCUAAAUCACGCUUUGCGCAUGCCAGAAGCGCCAAAUUGCAACCCGCGCAUGCGCAGACACGGUGCUGUGGGUUGCGAAUGCUGCGGGUUGCAAACAUGCCUCCCUCACGGAUCACGUUCGCAACCCAAGCAUCCACUGUAUACAGCUGCAAAUAUAACGUUUUAAAUCUGUUUUAAGUGCAUUAUACAAAUGUGACACUAGAUGGUGAUGGUGAGCUUAUGGCAAAAUCAAUAUAUUUUUCAAAACUUUUUUUUUAAAAAAAAACAUAUUCACAGCAUUUUUAUGUGUCUAGAUUUCAUCAUGGAUUUCCCCAGAGACUCCUCAGAGAGUGCUGAGGGAGCUGGCAGCUGUUAGGACAAGGUGGUCCAAAGCAUGGCCCUUGAGGCCAUUUUUGGUGGCCCUCAGCAACAUUGGGCACCCCCUUUUGCCCUGCCUUCCCAGAGCUAGGAAUGCAAGGUGCUGGGCUUUAGGAAGGAGGUGUGAGGGCUCUGACAAGGUCCUUCCCACCUCCUUCCCAAAGCCUAGUUAGUGCUUUCCCAGCUUUGGGAAGGAGGUAGGUAGGAGGGCUCUAGGAUCCUGCCAGUGCCUUGUGCCUCCUUGCCAAAGCUCCUUGCUUACAUACCCUCCAACAUUUCUCUGAUGGAAAUAGGGACGUCCCAUUCCAUAAUGAUAAUUUUACUAUUUAUACCCCACAUGUCUUACUGGGUUGCUCCAGCCAUUCUGGGUGGCUUCCAACAUAUAUAAAAACACAAUAAAACAUUAAACAUUAAGAAAACUUCCCUAUACACAGGAUUGCCUUCAGACGGCUUGGGGGUCAGAUAACUCCAUACCCUCCAACACUUCUCCAAUGAAAAUAGGGACAUCCUAAGGAAAAGCGGGACAAAUCAGAAACUGGGACGGCUUCUCUAAAUCAGGAAUGUCCCUGGAAAAUAGGGACACUUGGAGAGUCUGGCUUCGGCAGCUUUGAGAAGGCAGCGGGAGGGCUGGGUGAGUGUGUCAAAUUCUGGCCUCACUCCCAGCACAGGUUCCAUGUUGAAGUACUUUUACAGCCUACUUGGUAUGAAAAGAUGUUUUUGGAGAUCUCUAUUCCCCUAACAGAGCAACAAUUCCCAAAGUGGUUUAACAGUCAAAGUUAACCAUUCUGGCUUAAAUUAUUGCUUUCAUUCAUUCAUUCAUUCAUUCAACGUACUACUUCUUUCUUUCUUUCUUUCUUUCUUUCUUUCUUUCUUUCUUUCUUUCUUUCUUUCUACAAAAGUAACACAAAGGGACUUAAAUGAAGUCAUAGUUCCACUCCUCCCGCCCUCUGAUGUUCUGAUGAUGUUCUGAUCAUGGCAAGUCCAUAAGAAAUUAUUACCUACUUCCCCCCAUGGCAGCCAAAGGCAUCAUCAGUGAUAAUAUACGGCUGAUCAGCUGUACUAUGAUGCAGACCUGAGAAGAAGAGGGAACGACAGGAAGAACAAUGGUUCUAAAUUACAAAAUGCCUUCUGCUUGGUAGCAUAGCGGGCAAUGGGUGGUAUUAAACAAGAUGGUUGUGCUAGUGCAAGGAUUAGUACUGGCACAACAGGAUUUCCCCCUCUCCCUCUACACACCUCUGUGUGUCCCACACUGUCCCCAAAUCUGCUCUGGAGGCUUUUGGGGAAACAGAUUCAGGGGGUGCACAGGAGGAGAGGAAGAUCAUUCUGUUGUGCAAGCAGAAAUCUGUGUGCUGAUGGAACCAUCUUCUUAAUGCGAUGCUGAAUACAACUCAGUUUCAGGGGAUCUGCUAUCUACAAGCCUAAGAACAAUAAUACCUAUGGGAAGGACUGAUGUGUAGGGUCAUGGAGGAUGAGAACAUUUCUAGUAGACCACAUGUCAAGAGUUCAAAGCACAUCACAUGAAUCAUUUCAGCAGUCCUUCUGAUGAAAUAGAUUGACAGUGUUCUGCCUCCCAUUUGCUUCAUUUUAGGGAGGGAGGAAGGUGGCUGUGUUGGUUUGCAGAGGCCAAAACUAUUAUUCACGUCAGCUGACCACAUUGCAGGAGUCAAAACUGGUAAGAGUUCCCAAUGAAGAGGGAGUCUAUAUGCUAUAGGGUAUCAGGGGUCAGCAAACUUUUUCAGGUCCACUGUCCAUCAGACCAUGUGGGGGGCCGGACUAUAUUUUGAGGGGGGGGGAAUGAACAAAUUCCUAUGCCCCACAAACAACCCAGAGAUGCUUUUUAAAUAAAAGCACACAUUCUACUCAUGUAAAAACACGCUGAUUCCUGGACUGUUCGCAGGCCGGAUUUAGAAGGCGAUUCGGCCGGAUCCGGCUCCUGGGCCUUAGAUUGCCUACCCAUGGUCUAUAUGUUAUUUAGACAUCACUUAAAAAGAGGAAGAAAUGUAUCACUAUAGAAGAAGAUGCAGAGUUGCAGAGAAUUUGCUUGUGCCAGCAUAUUACAUAGAUGCCCAUUUAGAAAUACUUACUGUAAUUUCUCUGGAAAUGCAUCUCACCAUAGUUGGGAAGACUGCAGCCAGGUGAGCUGUGUUUCUUCUCAGUCUGCUGGUCAGAAUGCCCCACAUCUGAAAUAGAGGACUGACCUCUGUACGGCAUGGCCAGCCUUGUGACUAUAAGUGUUGUAGACCCAUCAACAAAGUAGAGGAGGGUGGAGACCAUUUGGAACUAAGCAUAAUACCAUGUGGGACUUAACUCCUAUGCGAUUUCCAACUUCUCCUGUUCCUAAUUUUAGUUCCCAGAUGUCAGCUGUCAACUCAGGCGUCCCUAUCAGGCCUGAUGGAACAAAGACAGAAUCCAGAAGGGACACUGGGGAUGCUACAAAAAUCACCCCUCAUUCAGGUGAGUAACCUGAUCAUUUAAUUCAAUAUGAAUUCUUCUGGGUUACAGGUAAGCCAAAUGGGCUAUUCAGCCUUGCCCCCGGCUCCAUGCAUCUAGAGCAGUCUCCCUGGGUCAAUUGUUGCUGCUAACUACAGCAAGAGAUACAGUGGUGCCUCGCAAGACGAAAUUAAUUCGUUCCGCAAGUUUUUUCUUCUUGCGAGUUUUUCGUCUUGCGAUGCACGGUUUCCCAUAGGAAUGCAUUGAAAAUCAAUUAAUGCGUUCCUAGGGAACCGACUUCAGACCAGGUCCGGGGACAGUCUGUCCCCCGACCUCUUCUGAAGGCUGGGGGGGACAAGGGCUUUUCUUCCCACCCACCCCAGCAUUUUAAAACCCCGGGACAGCGGAGGGCUUCUCCGCUGUCCGGGCGAUCUUAAAAUGCUGGCGGGCGGCAUUUAAAAUUGCCCGGGACAGCGGAGGACUUCUCCGCUGUCCGGGGCAAUUAAAGCCCCUGGGAAGGCAGGCAGGGGGACAAAGACUUUUGCCCCCGCCAGCCUUCAGAAGAGGUCCUGGACCUCUUCUGAAGGUUGGCGGGGCGAAGUCUUGUCCCCCACCUGCCUUCAAAGCUGUCCAGCCAAGGCUUCGCGGACCUCUCCGCAAGCAGCGGCAGCACUGCCGCUGCUUGCGGAGAGUUGCCGGCAUGCCGAAGCCUGCGCGCGCUGAGAUCAGCGCGCCCAGGCUCCGCGGACCUCUCCGCGAGCAGCGGCAGCGCUGCCGCUGCGUGCGGAGAGUUGCCGGCAUGCCGAAGCCUGCCCGCGCUGAUAUCAGCGCGCCCAGGCGUCGCGGAGCUCUCCGCGCGCAGCGUCCGCGCUGCCGCGGCGUGCGGAGAGUUGCCGGCAUGCCGAAGCCUGCGCGCGCUGAGAUCAGCGCGCCCAGGCUCCGCGGACCUCUCCGCGAGCAGCGGCAGCGCUGCCGCUGCUUGCGGAGAGUUGCCGGCAUGCCGAAGCCUGCGCGCGCUGAGAUCAGCGCGCCCAGGCUUCGCGGACCUCUCCGCGAGCAGCGGCAGUGCUGCCGCUGCUUGCGGAGAGUUGCCGGCAUGCCGAAGCCUGCGCGCGCUGAGAUCAGCGCGCCCAGGCUUCGCGGACCUCUCCGCGAGCAGCGGCAGCGCUGCCGCUGCUUGCGGAGAGUGGCCGGCAUGCCGAAGCCUGCGCGCGCUGAGAUCAGCGCGCCCAGGCUUCGCGGACCUCUCCUGCCUUCAAAAGCCGUCCGGGAUAGCGAGAAGCGCUUCCCUGCUAUCCCGGACUGCUUUUAAAAUGCUGGCGGUGGGGAUCAAUGCCUUUCGGCCCCCGCCAGCGUUCCUGUACCUCUUCUGAAGGCCGGAGGGGAAGGCUUUGCUCCCCACCGCUAGCAUUUAAAAGAGGUCCCGGAGAUUUCCCUAUGGGCUUUCGUCUUGCGAAGCAAGCCCAUAGGGAAAUUCGUUUUGCGAAGCGCCUCCAAAACGGAAAACCCUUUCGUCUAGCGGGUUUUCCGUCUUGCGAGGCGUUCGUCUUGCGGGGCACCACUGUAUUGGUGAGCAACAGAAAUGGGGGUGCAGGGCAACUUUCCUUAGGAGGAACUGGCCCAGCUCACGAUGUUCCAAGCAGCUGCAUGCCUUGUACAGUCAGUGUUGCCAUGGGGCACUGCCUCACCAAGUGUUAAGUUGUGGGUUGACAUAGCAGAUGACACAGCGAUUUCUCCAAAGCAGCUCUUUAUUUUGUAAGCUGGAACAGAACUAACUGAGGAGCUCAGUCAGCCUGCUUAUAUAGAGCUACAGAACAAUUGUAACUGUUGCAACGUUCUAAAACUAUCCAAUCACUGAACAUCACUUUUCGAUCCUUCAUUUGCAUACAAAACUAUCCAAUCACUGAACGUCACUUUUCGAUCCUUCAUUUGCAUACGAAACUAUCCAAUCACUGAACGUCACUUUUCGAUCCUUCAUUUGCAUAACUAUCUACAGUAUCCCCCUGCUGGCCCAGGGUGAGGACUUCAGUCCUCCAAGCACAGCCUGCUCUCAGCUAGCCCCCCUCUGCAGAGGCGGAGGAAGGGGGGAGUGGUGUGUGUGGGUCGCCCUGGGUGUCAACACUGAGGGGGGGUGGCAAAAUGCCAGGCAGCACUCACUGUGGGGCCUGCAGUACGCCCAAGUAACGCGUCUCUCCUGGGAGCGCAUUGCAAUAGUCCAAGCGAGAGAUAACCAGAGCAUGCACCACUCUGGCAAGACGGUCUGCAGUCAGAUAGGGUCUCAGCCUGCAUACCAGAUGGAGCUGAUAAACAGCUGCCCUGGACACAGAAUUGACCUGCGCCUCCAUGGACAGCUGUGUAUAUAUAAUUUUUAUUAAUUUUCCAUUUAAUAUUAUACAUUCACAUCAUCAUUAUCCACUUUACCGCUUUGGCUCUUUAGAGCCUAUCAAUUUCCCUCCCGACGCACGGCUUUCAAAAUUAACCUUUAUAUCACUGCAUUUUGCACGUUUUCCAAUUCUAAUUACACUCAUUACUAAAUAGCUCAAAAUUUAAAUGAAAAUAGAAAGAUAGAAAAUUUUUCAUUACAAGUCUUCAGACAACCCUGCUAGUGAUGUUAAUUGCUUACAGUAAUCUUUCACAUAUCAUAUAAAUUUACUCCAGUCCUUUUGGAAUACUUGAUCAUGCUGCUUUCGGAUUUUUCCUGUCAGCUUUUCCAGUUCUGCAAAGUCCAUUGAAAUAUACUCGGAGUCCAGUGUGGAUUUCAUUCUCUUUAUUCAGCUCAUAGUAGUGAGGAAUGAAAGUUCACCCAAAAUAUCUGCUUUAUAUACAUUAUUUACACAAUGGGCCGCACAUGAUUGGCCAAUUCCUGGAUUCUCCUGUAGGCCAAUCAGGUUGCGGAUUCACUUCCACCUGGAGCUGGAUUGGGUGGCUCCUGUGGACCAAUCAUACUGCUGCAUUGUUCUAGGACCAAUCAGACUGCUGCAUUCUGAAUCCUAUUGUUCUAGGACCAAUCAGAUUGCUGUAUUUGGAUCCUAUUCAACUCAGUACAUAACAUCCAUCAUCUUCAUCUACCACUAGGGCUGCACUGUUCUCACUCACCCCACAGGCAAAGCCACGCAGGGUCUCUGUUGUAGAGCUAUGUUGUGCUUGCACCUUCCUCCAGCUACUACUUAGCAAUGUUGUUGCUAUUGAAGCUGGUGGCACUAAUAUCUCGAAAGGCAAUUUGAGGAUCUAAAGCUACGAUUUGUUAUUUGAUGAGAUUCGGCACAGAAGCAAAUCUUUUCUUUUUAAAUAAAAAACCCUGAAAUUGUAAUUAAAGUUAAUUUAAAAGGGGCAAUUAGACUUCCAUUAAGUGCCUUUUAAUUCAAUUUUUAAAUUUUGGCUUUUACUAUGUAUGGAGCGAUUAAUUGGAUCUUUGCAUUAUUCAUUUAAAAGUAUGAAAGCUAUUAUUUUAAAGUUUCACAUGCUCUCAGUAAGGGCACAAUUUUCGUAACUAGGAAGGCUGCAUUCAGCUCUCAAGGAGAGUUGCUGGAUAGAGAGUUGAGCUGAGUCAAGCGAGUGUGGACCUAAUUGCGCUCCCAUGGGGGAGCAUCAACAGCGCAAAAGGCACUUUGCCAAUUGCCAUGUGCAAUGCCUGGUGUUAUUGCUGCAGACAAAAUGCGUCUGCUUCCCACUCUGAGAUUUAGAGUCCCUCUGAGAUUUUGGGCACUUCCAGACUCACUAUUUUCAGGUGGGAUUCAGUCACAUACCAGAAAAUUCAGACUGCACAAUUAAAGUUGAUUUGAUGCUCUUGCACAGCAAACCUAUUCUCUGCAGAAAGUGUAAGAUAACAUCUGCUUGAAUGCGAUGGUCCCUGCAUAUAAAUCAGAACGAACGCUCAAUAAAUAACUAAUGUUGCCUAAUCUCCUGACAAACAAAUUGGGAGGAGUGCUCAAUAAACAAGUUCUGUGGAUGUGACCUUAGCCCAGGGGUCGGCAAGGUUUUCAUGAAGCCGCUGGGAGAGAUCAUCAGGGGUUUGGCCUGGGUGUCCAUCAAUAUGCAGAUGAUACCCAGCUCUACCUCUCUUUCACAUCAGAACCAGUGAAGGCGGUGAAGGUCCUGUGUGAGUGUCUGGAGGUGGUUGGAGGAUGGAUGGCGGCUAAUGGAUUGAGGUGGAAUCAUGACAAGACAGAAGUACUGUUUUGGGGGGGCAGGGGGCGGGUGGGUGUGGAGGACUCCCUGGUCCUGAAUGGGGUAUCUGUGCCCCUGAAGGACCAGGUGCACAGCCUGGGAGUCAUUUUGGACUCACAGCUGUCCAUGGAGGCACAGGUCAAUUCUGUAUCCAGGGCAGCUGUCUACCAGCUCCCUCUGGUACACAGGCUGAGACCCUAUCUGCCUGCAGACUGUCUCACCAGAGUGGUGCAUGCUCUACUUAUCUCUUGCUUGGACUACUGCAAUGCGCUCUAUGUGGGGCUACCCUUGAAGGUGACCCGAAAACUACAACUAAUCCAGAAUGCGGCAGCUAGACUGGUGACUGGGGGCGGCGGCCGAUACCACAUAACACUGGUCUUUGUUUAGUCAUGUCCGACUCUUAGUGGUGAGGCUCAAAAGCCUUCGUUUGUAUUUAGUCAAGAAGGGAAAACUACCUACCUACUGAAUAGUGUUUGCGCAGGGUUUUUGUGUCAGCACCAUGUGGGUAGGUCCUUAAGCAACCUCAUCUUAUGUUGUUGGCGUCAUUGUGACUGAAUUUUCCAAAAAAACCCAAAUACAAAUAAAGGCAAACAAUACAAACUAAAAAUAAGUAAAUAAAGGGGAAAUUACCCCCUCCCAUGGCCAUGUAUUCCCAGAGCAUUUUUGUGGUUGCUUUACCUCAUAAUAAUUAGCAGUCUAAGUGGUCCUGAAGAAUAACCACAUAGUCGAAAGCGCAGGCGAGUGGGUUGAGCCCUUCCUCUGCCCACUCUUCCCUCAGAGACACUUCCUUUCCCUCCCAUCCUUUCCUAAAUGAUGUGCGUUCCAGGGCUGUGAAAACAAGAUUAGGCGGCAUGCAGUGCUAUCCUAGGCAUGUCCACUCAGAGGUAAGUCCUGCUACGUUCAGUGGGACUUACAGGUAUAUGUGUAUAGUGUGGGAUGUGAAACACAAGAGCAGUCAAGUACAACAUUUGCCAAAAUUUGUGCUUCUGACAUGGGCUGCCAUAUGUCCAGAUUUUCCUGAACAUUUCAACGUGUCACCCCCCCCCCCCCCGUUUAAGAGGGCAGAAUACUGUAUUGGCUAUGUCUGGGAAAUUCUGGACGUAGGGCAACCCUAAUUUAGGAGCCAUUUUGGCAUAUAAGCUGUAUAUAAAUCAAUAAAUAAACAAUAACCAUUCCUUUUUUCAAUUUCCAGAGCAUGAGGAAUCAUUUGGAAACGCCUCUUUCCCUGAAAACCAGAGAUACUCGCCUGGGGAGUUUAAUUCCAGUGAAGAUUUCUCCCUCAUUCCUUCUGCCCAGAUACCAAAGAAAGCAGAAAAUGGUAAGAUUAAAGUGGGGGGGGGGGAGUGGAGAGAGAGUUCAUAAGCAGAGGAAGCUAAGAGCCUAAAUAGAGAUCUUGGUUUUAUUAGAUUAUGGUAAUGGUCUGUAAUCCCCCUGCUGCCCCAUUAUUUAUUUACUGUAGCCCUUUAUGUAUUGAUCAAGCCACACGCAUUGAGUCUCUGCACACAGAAGCUGUACAGUUGCUUGCAGACUCUGCCCUCGGGGGUCUGUCCCCAGGGGACAAGGAUCCCAAUUCCAUCGCCCCAUUGAUUCUUCGUGCUUUGAGAAGUCUGCCUGGGGCUAAAGUCUGUUGUGGUAUAUGGUAUCGGUGUGGCAAUGAUGAGGCAGGCAGAGAAGGGGAGGAGCCUGGCAUGGCCGCAGCCUGCAAAAGGAUCGCCAUCUUUGGCACCUCUGGCAUGACCAGCCUGGCCACCCUGUGCAAGCCAUCAAGGUUGGGGUCCGGGUUCUGGUGCUGGUGCGUGACCCAAUCUGGCUUCUGUUGCAGGAAUUUAUGUACAGUGGGACCUCGGGUUAAGAACUUAAUUCGUUCCAGAGGUCCGUUCUUAACCUGAAACUGUUCUUAACCUGAAGCAUCACUUUAGCUAAUGGGGCCUCCUGCUGCCACCGCUGUUGUGCGAUUUCUGUUCUCAACCUGAAGCAAAGUUCUUAACCAGAGGUACUAUUUCUGAGUUAGCGGUUUCAGUAACCUGAAGCGUCUGUAACCUGAAGCUUCUUUAACCUGAGGUACCACUGUAUGGAAGGGACGCGGGUGGCGCUGUGGGUUAAACCACAGAGCCUAGGACUUGCCAAUCAAAAGGUCAGCGGUUUGAAUCCCCACAACGGGGUGAGCUCCCAUUGCUCGGUCCCAGCUCCUGCCAACCUAGCAGUUAGAAAGCACGCAAAAGUGCAAGUAGAUAAAUAGGUACUGCUCCGGUGGGAAGGUAAACGGCGUUUCCGUGCGCUGCUCUGGUUCGCCAGAAGCGGCUUAGUCAUGCUGGCCACAUGACCCGGAAGCUGUACGUCGGCUCCCUCGGCCAAUAAAGUGAGAUGAGCGUCGCAACCCCAGAGUUGGCCAUGAUUGGACCUGAUGGUCAGGGGUCCCUUUACCUUUACUAGCUUUUUAAAAAAGUAAAUAGCCACCACAGCAUGGGGAGAUGAGAAGGAUCGGAACCACAGUGUGCAAGGAGGAGGUUUAACCAUUGCCCUCCGUCAACGGUGCCGGCAAAAGUUGCCCCCUUCUAAAACUGCUGUUGGCAAUUUGCGAGGGAAGAGUUAUUAUUCUUGCAGCGUAAGCUUUCGCAGACUAGAACCCGCUUCACCCAGUGCCAACGUUGCACCUGCUGGCUUCAGGUUACCUUUCCCUUUCUUUGCAGAACGCCCCCAGUCCGUCAUCGCUGGCAUCGCCAACUCCUCUUUCCAGCCAGGGAAGGUUGCCUUCCAUCCUGCCUACUGCGCCAACGGCUGUGGGCUUCCCCCGGCUUCCGUGAGGCAGCAGCCGCGAGUCUCCAAGAAGCAGCGCAUCAGCUCCACCGCCUCCGUCUGCACCAACAGCAGUAAGAAGAGCUGCAAAUCCACAGCAUCUCAGAUCCAGGAGGUGGCUGGAGAUGGUGAGUGCAUGGGCACUGAGGGUGGGAGGUAGUUUGGGAAGGAUGGGUCAAUGGAUGGGACACCGCAGAAGACUUCGAUGGAGAGUAACAGGCUCAAAAUAGUGACAUUGGGGCUUAGCUGGAGCUCAGUGGUAGGCCAUAAGCACUGAGACACUAGCAAAGGGCUUUCUUUAGCCUCUUCCUUUCCAGUGUGAACAAUGGGGUACAAUGAUUAUGGGAGAGGGCUGUUGGCCUUGCUGUAAACAAAAAUCUGCCCUUUUUUCCCUUAUGGGGUAUCCAAGAGCCCAUAUAGAGUCCUUACGUAGGUUCCUUAUUGGUAGGAGAAAAUAACAGAGGCCAACCAGGGACGAUUGAGAAGCAAAACAGCUAGUAAGCUUGAUCUUUAUUGAUCUGUUGCAACAGGGUCCUCACUCACCACACGCAGGAGGGAGGAGGAACCCCAAAGAAAAGGUGUGCCUAAAUAUAGACAUUUUAAAUUCCCUGCCCUGGAGCUCAAGACCACCCCUCCAUACAUCAUACAUACAUCACAGAAGGGGUGUAACCUAAGACUACCCCCCAGAUACAUUAUACCUAUAUCACAGAAAAGGCGGUCUACAGCAGAAUCUGAGUGCCUUGUUUAUCUCAUCUUACUUGUUACCUGUUUAAUGGUCACUUUAUUGGAUUGCCUGGGGAGCCUGGCCAGUCUUUUGUAAUGAUAAAUACUUAGUUCCUGAGCCAGGUCACAGGCUCACACCCUAUUCAUAUCUUAAAUGUGCCCUUAAGACAGGAUUUGUAAAGGAAAAGACAGUGGGGAGGCAAGUCAAAAAUGGUUUCAGGUCGGUCUUCCUGUGCUGAUCUAUGUAUGUGCUUGGUACACCUAUGAACAUUUAACAUAUAUCUAAGACCUCAAAAUUCCUAUCACAGCCUUAUGUGCUCUGGCUGGACAUUGAGGAGGAAAAGGAUGCCUUUGGGUUUAACCCAACGAGGCUAUUCCUAUGUCCUUCAAGUCUACCUGCCCAUACCCCUUCCCUUCUGUGACCAUAGGAAAGGUCAGCCAAUCACUGCCAGUGACUUUAUCACCCGCGCAAGCCCCAUCUCAUAUUAUGACACUUUGCGAUAUUUAUUUUGGUUGUAUUAUUGUAAGACCGGCUUACCAGUAUUUUACCUUUAACUUUCUUGAUUUGAUUUUUGAUGAGAAUAACAAUGCACACUACAAAUACAAGCAAGAAGAAGAAGUCCCAACAAAAGAAGAAUGGAUACAGAAACUUGUGGAAUAUGCAGAAAUGGCAAAACUUACCGGAAAAAUAACAAAUCGAGAAAACAAACUUUUAAAAAAAGAAAUGGAAAUGGUUUAUUGAAUAUUUACAAAUAAAUUGUAAACAGAUAAGAAUAUUGGCAGGAUUGUUGUAAUAGCCUGAAGUUUUAUGAGAGUAUCUACCGUAUUUUUCCGUGUAUAAGACUAGGGUUUUUUUUUUACCAAAAAAUUAGAUUUAAAAUUGGGGCUCAUCUUAUACACGAGUAGUGCUGAGGGGGGUUUUCUUAAUUUGGAGUCCCCAAAAAUAGAGGGUGUCUUAUACAUGGGGGCGUCUUAUACACAGAAAAAUACGAGAUUUAAAGUAGAUGAAUAAAUUAGUAAAUUAAGUUAAUUUGGAUAUGCAGGAAAUAUUAAAAAUAAAUUUAAAAAACCACAGAAAGAGGGGGAAGGAAGUCAAAUUUUGAAAUGAUUAUAAAAUUAUUGAAAUGUAUAAAAUUGAAAAUAAUUAAUAAAAUAAUAAAAAAAAUACAAAUACAAGCGACGUCACACCUUAUAAAACUGACUACACUGGCAACAGUGAGGUGUCUUACGUUCCCUAAGAGACCUCCCACCUCUUGUGUACUCUGAAACAGGCAAAAGAGGCUCUGAUCAUUAGCCAGCUCACCCUGGGAAGCCCAGAGGUUAAAGAGCAAGGCACUCUUUACCCAGGGGAGCAGCUAAGCAUGCAAUCUCCUUCCCCACUGGUGGCCUUAAGUGGUGCCCUUCCAGCAGGGCUGCACCAUGUGACUGUUCUGGCUUCAGAGGCCAACUCUUCAGGCUCGCUGUUGUUGAGUGCCUAAUGAGUUUAAAGAGAAUCAAGCCAGAUGUUUCCCAAUUGCCUUUGCACGCCUUAAGAUAAAGAGGACUGCAGCGGGGGCCUCGGCUGUCAUAUGAGCCUGGCCCCCAGCUUCUCAGAUGAAAUACCAACAAAUGUGCAUUCCAGCAAAUUUUAAUGGCAGUUCAGCCACUGGUUUUUCCUCUUGUAUGCUUUCCAAAAUACGUUUUCCACUUUUUUAAUUCACUUGUUGCUUUUAAAAAAGAAAAGAAAGCAAAACUACCCGAGGGGUUGGGGUUCAGAGACAGACAACUUCAUGACUGCAUACAAUAAUCCACAGCUAGCUUUUGCUGGAGAAAGGCCUAGCUGGUAUUUUCAGGGUCUGACCUAGAGAGGAAUGAUGCUUUAGAACAUGGGUAGGCAAACUAAGGCCCAGGGGCCGGACGCAGCCCAAUCGCCUUCUCAAUCCGGUGCACAGACGGUUGUGUUUUUACAUGAGUGUGUUUUUACAUGAGUGUGUUUUUACAUGAGUGUGUUUUUACAUGAGUAGAAUGUGUCCUUUUAUUUAAAAUGCAUCUCUGGGUUAUUUGUAGGACCUGCCUGGUGUUUUUACAUGAGUAGAAUGUGUCCUUUUAUUUAAAAUGCAUCUCUGGGUUAUUUGUGGGGCAUAGGAAUUCAUUCAUUCCUCCCCUUCAAAAUAUAGUCUGGCCCCCCACAAGGUCUGAGGACCGGCCCCCUGCUGAAAAAGUUUGCUGACCCCUGCUUUAGAAUUACGCUUUGCAGGGGUGUUUCCAAAUCAGCCCUCCUAUUUGCCUUCACGCUCUCCUUCCUUUCCACAGAGCUGUGUGCCACCCUCCUCUUAGCUUGCCUCUUCUGCCGUUUCUCGGACAUCCUGCCUCUCUUCUCCGGGCCCUUCUGCUCUUGCUUCCCUGUGCCAUCCUGCAGCUCCAGGCUCCUGGGCUUUUGCUCGGACCCCCAGAGCUGCUGCUGCUGCUGCUGCUGCUGCCGGUUUGAGGAGCCGGCCCUGGAGUUAUGCUACCAGACUGGUGACUGUCUAGAACUUGCAUUAGAAGUUUCUGAGCUGUGCUAUCACUGACUAACCUUGGCUGCCAAAGAUGCCUCCUACUAAUCUUUACUUCUUCCUGGGAUCCUUAUGGCAGGUGAGCAAACUUUAAUCUGAAUAAAUUUAAGUCGGAUCGGCUUUUUGGUGCCCACUUGUCUUUGCAGGCUUGGGUUGUUUACAUUUCCAGGAUAUUUCUCCAGGCUCUCUCACCUCAGAAGUGCCUAUGGCUUCUGUGCUAUGGAUUUUAAUUUAUUUUAAUAAACACUUUUUUUUUUUAAAAUGACCUUUUCUUAAAUAAGUCCCCGUCCCCCAGAGAGCUGUGUUACUGAAUAUAGUUGAUAUAUUAAUCUCUGUUAGCUGUUUUAAUUAGCCUUUUAAACAACUGUUCUUGCUGCAGCCUUGUCAGUUUUGAUUCUUGUUAGAUUGUUCAUUGCAUGACUUGCCUCGGUGGCAUAUAGAUGAUUGAAUAAUAACUAGUUGCGCAGUAUCUACAUUGACUCUAACCCAGCCUGGUUGACACAUCCCUGGCUCCAGAGGCAGGCAUGGCCGAGCGUUUGCCGGGGCCUCAAGGCUGCCCAAGGGCCAGUGGCCCUCACAUCCCUGCCCCCCUCACAUUACAUGGAGCACCCCAGAUGACCAGAGAAUGUGGGAGACCAUUAUCCCAAUGCAUGUCCUGAGAUCAUUCUCUCUGUGCUUGUCCCGAGGGCAACUUCUCAGAAUCCAGGAGCUAGCCUUGCUGCAGCUCUCACUCUCUGGCUGAUUUGUUGGUUAGGACCAUUGGUGGGGAGCCUUUGGCCCUCCCAAUGUUGCUGAACCACAACUCCCAUCAGCCCCAGGAAUCAUGGCCAGUGGCCGGGGAUGGUGGGAGCUGCGGUUCGGCAGCAACUGGAGAGCCAAAUGGUCUCCACAUCAGGAUUCGCAAAUCUAGGCUCGGGGAGCAAGCUGUUUCGGAUUUUCAUUCAUUCAUUUCACCUCAAAGCAAAAAAUAUGCCUAGCUGAGUUUCUGGAUCACAGUGGACUCCAUGUAAAAGUUCAGUGGCACUCUGAGGUCAAGAUAUGCCCGGAAGUCCAUUUCUGCUAUGUAGGAAGUUUGGGAAACUGUGGUGAGAUUCCCAGAUUCUCAUCUUCUCCCUUUCUCUCUCCUCCUCCAGAUUGCUGUGCACACUGUGCUCUUGCCUGCCUCUUCUGUGAGUUUAUGUCCCUCUGCUCACUUGCCCUGGACUGCGGGGGCUGCGGGGGCUGCCUAGAGGCUUGCUGUGGUGGAGAAGGAGGGGAGUCCCUUGCCGAGAGCUGCUGUGGGGAAGCCGGUGGAGGAAAUUGCCCCUGUGGGUUAGGCUGCGGGAUGUUGCAGGAUUGCUGCGGCUCCUCUGACUGUCUUGAGAUCUGCCUGGAGUGCUGUUCUAUCUGCUUCCCAGCCUGAUUUCAGGGACCGGGAGAUCGUGUCCCUCUGUCCUCCAUGGUUCCGGACUGCGUUGGGAUGUGUGUAUAUCCCUUUGGGAAUCCUACCCCACCAAACUACAAAGCAUGGCAAGAGAUUAAUCUGGGCCUCUUUUCUUACCAAAGCCUCAACUCCUUUGAACAUCCUCAGGCAAACUCCUUCCUCCUUUUUAUAUCAUGGUAACAGCCCAAAACGCAUUGCUUGUAUGCACACAGCUGGGGCCUGCUGUUUGUAUUGGAUGGGAUGAGGCCCGUUAAGUAUUGCUUCAAUUGUGUGGUGUCACACUCAGACAUUGUGAUGAUGUCACCAAAAAGACUAAGCGGCAUUCGCACUGAAGACAGGAUAAAUUCCACCCGCACUACAAAAUCCUGUCAGGUCAAACCUAUUCCUCUACGCACUAUAAUGUUACAGAAAAAUCUGUGCCAUGCAUUUUCGACAGAUGUCACCAUGCAACUGUGGAUGGAAUCUCUCUCCUCUUUUUUUUUAACUGUGACCAAAAAAAUUUACAUUAAUGCUGUGAUAUAUCUGAAUGGACUGAGGCUGAAUAUGCCCCAGAGCCAAAGAAAUUCCUCUUCCUAUGCUGAAUGCCUCCAGGUGACCCACCUUUGAGCAUUCAUCCUUAUUUGUUUGCAGGGAGGUUAGACAAGGUUGGAUAUUUAUUGCUUUAAAUAUUUUCCAUUCCCUAUAAACCUUCUGGUUUGACACUCCUCUAAUUUUUCCAGUCAAUUUUGUUAAAAAAGCUUUUUUUUAAUUGCAAGGAAGUUAAAAGGCCUUGCAUUUUUUUAAAAAAGUCUUCUCCCACACUUUCCAGUGCAUUUUCCUGUCUCUUUCCUAAUUCCAAAAAGUCCAGUUGUUUUAGGGAGUGGAUGUUGUUGAAUAGUGGGUAGACAUAGCAGACGACCCAGCGAUUCUUCCAAGCAGCUCUUUAUUUGUAAGCUAGAACAGAACUGAACAGCAAACAGCUCAGCCGGCCUGCUUUUAUAGGCAGCCGGCUGUCAACAUUGUAGCAACAACAACCCAGGGUUUCCCGCCUAAAAUAACUGACGUGGACCUGAGUGAAAACUACAUACACAAUACUCCUGGUGGCCAGGGUGAGAACUUCAAUACGUAACAGAUGUGUUGUGCAAGACCUCCCUGAACUUGCCAGUGUGUGAUUGAAUCCCACCUGAAAACAGCUAUACAGUCUGGAAGUGCCUGAUGUGUUUCCGAUGUGAACUUUAAAUGGACUAUAGGCUCCAUGACUAUUUCUUUGUGCCUGGAAAUAUAUUGUUGUGCUGGUCAGGAUGCCUGAUUGUAAAAUAAAUUUAAAUUAAACUAAUGAAGCCAGCACCUGUUACUUCAGCUUUAUUUCUGUACCACCAUUGCUUGCCC